AUGGAUCAGGAACAGCAGGAAGAAGUAAAAACAUACCUAAAACGGGAAAGCGAUGUCUUUGCGAAAUCAAUCCAGGAACUGGGGUGUACUAAAAAAGUUUAUCACGAGAUUAGUACUGUUGAUACUAGACCAAUAAAGCAAGCUGCUUAUCGAAUGGAAUGGAAUUUUAUAUCGAAAGGGACGUAA